UGCUUUAUAGCACAGCUGAGGCUACACUGCCCUCUGUGUUGUCAGCCAGGCAGACAGGGGAGGGAACACUAGAUUAUUUUCUUGUUUCUACACCGAUGCCUUCUCAGAAGAAGAAAAGUGGGACCCUUCAGCAUGCACGGGGAAAGCAAGCAAAGUUUGUGGGUUGAAAGUUUCCUCAGCGAGAACCCUUUGGGGGGCAUGGGAUAUUACAGAUUAAAUAAUUCCUGCUGUGUUUUAUUGUAUGUUACUUAAACUUCACUCUGAUUCCAAGUGGCACUGUAUUCUGGGUCUAAUUCUCUAGUCAUCCUGAUUGGGGGGCAGCUGUAUGAGACGGAUCCCAUUAUCUUCAAGCUUCAGCACCAUGGACAGAAGGCUCAACAUAACUCCAGAAACCCUAAACCAGCUGCUGAAGGAGCACAACAUGACCAGGCUCCAGUUUAUUGCUGCCUAUGGCCUCAAACCUUUGGUCUAUAUACCGGAGCUGCCCCUCAGUGCCAAGGUCAUCUUCUUGGUCUUGUAUAUCAUCAUUUUUAUCCUGGCUCUAUUUGGCAACAGCCUGGUGGUUUAUAUCAUUAUUAGAAAGAAGACCAUGAGGACAGUCACCAACAUCUUCAUCUGCUCAAUGGCUUUCAGUGACUUGCUGGUAACUUUCUUCUGUAUCCCUUUUACUUUGCUGCAGAACAUCUCUUCUGAGUGGCUGGGAGGCCGGUUCGUUUGUAAAAUGGUGCCUUUCAUCCAGACCACGGCGGUGGUGGCCAGUACUCUCACCAUGACCUGCAUUGCAGUUGAGAGGUACCAAGGAAUCGUACAUCCGCUCAAAAUGAAGAGGCAAUACACCAACAUCAGGGCCUACAAGAUGCUCGGAUGUGUUUGGUCAGUCGCCAUUGUCGUUGGAUCUCCAAUGCUUCAUGUCCAGACCUUAGAGGUGAAGUAUGACCUGCUAUAUAAUUUGUACCACGUGUGCUGCCUGGAAUCUUGGAGCGAUGUCGGCCUGCGCAGGGCAUACGCUAUCUUCAUCCUUGUGGCCCUCUUCCUUGUUCCUCUUGCUGCCAUGUUGCUGCUAUAUACUCGCAUCGGCUAUGAGCUGUGGAUCAAAAAACGUGUUGGGGACUGUUCUGUGCUAAACACCUUGAGCCGCAAUGAGAUGGCCAAAAUCACCAGGAAGAAGAAGCGAGCAGUAAUGAUGAUGGUCAUUGUUGUGCUCUUCUUCACAGCCUGCUGGGCGCCCUUUCAUGUGGUACACAUCCUUUUCGAAUACAAUAACCUAGAGGACGAGUAUGACGAUGUGACAGUGAAAAUGAUUGUGGCCAUCGUACAAGCGGUUGGAUUUUUUAAUUCCUUCAAUAAUCCUGUAGUCUACACUUUCAUGAAUGAAAACUUUAAGAAGAGUUUGGUGGCUAUCCUCUUCUGCCACUUCCGAGCACAGGAACCGGUGGAGCCAGCAGAUAAAAGGGACAGUCAACAAUCUGAAAGACCCAAAGGAGGAGCCACCAUGUUCUUUGCCCGGAGAGAUGGACGCAGUGGCCAAAGCCACCUUAGCGCAGAGAAUUUAGAGCUUAGACUUUGCGAGCAGUUUCCAAGUGCCCGACUUGAGUCUGUGGCUUACCCGCUAGUGAAUUCACACAAAGACUUGCUUCCAAAUGGCCAGUCUGCAUAAUGGCUGUCAGAAAAGGACUUUCUACUGGGUAAAUAUUUACUUAUGGUACAUGGAAUGUACAGAAUCCAUGAAAAUGGAAAAUUGUUGUGGAGACAAAUCUAAACGAACAGAAAUUAAAAGGAGCCAUAAGCCAAAAUUUUCAGAGACUGCACCACUUAAAAAACAGCUGAACUAAAUAUUUUGAUGAAUAUUAAUGCUAAGAAAUUGGAUUAAAGGGCGUAGCAUUAUGUCCCUGGAUACUCAGUGAUGGACUGAACUCCUUGGUGGAACAUGAAAUAUGAUAUUGCUGUUUUAAGCAAAGAAAGAGAGGUCAUUUGUCUUUUGCACAUAUUUUCUGUAUGCUGUACCCAACUGCAGUGGGGAGCAAUCAUUUCCAAUCUGAGAAUCCAUUUUUCUCUUCCAGUUCUGCAAGACUGUAUCUAACAUUCCAAGUCGUAUAUUUCUAGUACAGAGAUUGGCAGAGUGCUAACCUGCCAAUUCAGAGUUAUAAAUACAGCAAUGUAAAGUUCUCUCAUUAAAAUCCAUGGAGGGGUUUUAUAAGGAAAGUGACCUUUUCCAAAUGGGUCCUAACUUGGACGCUGAGCAUCAAUGUCCUUUACAUAAUGCAAAAGAGAAAGCCAGCCUUGCAAAAGGGAAAUGGCUACUAAAACAUAGAGAUAUGAUGUAUAAAAAUACACAAGAAUACAGCCUGCGGGCAACUGUUAUACAUGGAUGAUGGUUAUCCAAUGAAUGAGUGGUUUCCUAGUUCAGCCAAAGCAGAGGGCUCAUUCUAAGACCCAACAGCUGCAUGCAUGCCAUGGGUAACUUGGGGUAAUAGGUUUUGCACCAGAGCAGCUUCAUGAGUCUAGAUACAGAACCUGCAUGUGGAACAUCUAAAGAGAUUGCUUGAUAAUGUAAUACAGAGUAUAUUCAGCAUCGGUGCCCAUUUGCUCUUACAGUAGCACUUUGAGAAGAUGAUACAAUCCCAACUGCCACCCAGAAACACCCAUUGAAUACUCACAUUGACCUUAUAGUUCAUGGUACAUGCAAACAUACAGGAUGCUGGGUAAAAACACAGAUCUAUGGGGAUAUCAUUUAUGGGAAAAUUAUGGUUUUUGUUGCAGCUUUAUAGUCAACUGUUUCUGAGAUGUCAUAGUGCAUCCUGGCUCAUUGACACUUUAAAAAAGUGUGAGGGAAACUAGGAAUUUGCUAGUAGGAAAAUUAUGUUAUCGGCACCAUUAAUUUACUAGUAAAGCAAACUGCACUUAUGCAUCAGUAAUUCUGUACAAGUUGACAUCCAAUGGGGAACUAUUCUCCAAAUAGAUCUGCCCUCUUCCUUAAAAUUUUUACUUCCAAACUUUAUGGGGCAAAUUCACUAUGCGCCGAAGCGUCUAACGCUAGCGUCAAUUCGCUAGCGUUGGGCAUU